AGUACUAACGAUGUACAAUCGUGGAAAUUAGUUAGUUUUUUCGUUUGCAACCCUCCACCGGCUAAGUACAUUGGAGUCUACACCCCAAUAAGCACUCAUGCGAGAUAUGUUUAUUUUCGUCCGACAUGGGAGAAGUGAAAUUGUUGUGGGAUCAAAGGAAAUAAUAAUAUCUAUUAUUUGUCGUGACUCGCCUGGCGGUUCAUUAUCAUAGAAUUUCUCAACAAUUCCUGACGCAGUCCAAAUCGCCAGGGGUUUUUUUACGUUCAUAUUCAUAAAUCAAGGAACCGGCACGUUUUGGAGCACUGGGAGCUGACCGAUAAUUUAUUUAACAGUUUAGCAUGGCAGACAAUAGGAACAGUGUGUCCGCUAUGAGGAGAAUCAGAAAUGCUCUGGAAGAAAAUAAAUAUUUGAUGGAGUUUUGCACACUGGAUAAUUUCGAUGAAGCUGUUGUUGCUGUGUUUGAGGAACUGGAGGCUAUUGACGAUAUCCCUCUAUUUAUAAACGCGGAGGAUUUAAAAUCUCCUGAGGGAUUGAAGAAUAUCUUCGUCAUUCUGAUAAAUGCCACUUGGCAUUUGAUUCACAAACACAGAUGCUUCAUAAAGUCACAUGAAGCUCUCAAAGAGGACAGAUGCAGGAUAUCCAAUGACAAUGCGAGUCUCUCUAAUCAAAUUAAAAGACUUAAAGAAGCGAUUCAGAAGAAAGACAGUAAUUUAAAUGAAGUCCAGGAGAGAGAGCGUCAGCUAAACGUUAAAAUCAAUAAUUUAAACCGAGAAGUUAAACGUGAAAAGGAAGAGACGCUGAAGUUGAAGAAGCAAAUCCAGUCAAAGGACGACCAACAUACUCACGAAAUACGUAGAAUUCAACAGAGUGGAAAUAAACUUCGUGAUCAAUUGCAGAAGACUGUCGGAACUUAUGUACCGAGAACGCGACUCUCGACGAUGAGUCUUCAGACCGAGCAAGAAAAAAAAAUGCGUCUCUAUCAACAGACAAUAAAUCGUUUGGAGGAGAAUAAUAGCUUAAUGAUGCAGGAAAUCAAUGAUUUGCGACAAGAGUUGGCACUUCAUGUUAAUGGUGUUGAGCUUCAUAUGGAAUCAUCUGGACUCUGGACAGAAACUACGGCUUAGGUGUGGUCAUAUUUAACAAAAGGUAAGUCAUGAAUUUUCUUCGAUUGUUGCUAUUGUCUGCUGGAGAACAAAAUUUUGAAUCACGUUUUUGGAAGCCAUAAACAAAAGUAACUUGUCAAUUCAUUAGCAAAAGAAUUUAUACUAGACUUAAAUUCACGAGACUCUCCACUUGCUAUCUCGAUAAAUGAAAUUGGCUUGUUGAUUACAAGAGAUACGAAAUGAGUAUUAAAAUAAUUCCAAGAGAAACAUUGACAGUCAGAAUACUCUGACAACUCCGAUGAAAACUUCUCGGGCAUUUGCAACUAGCAGCAAUGCACACAGUAUUGUUAUAGGCCAGAAUUUCCGUCAUAUUGCUCUUGAGAAAAGUUAUUUCAUUUGGAGACCUGUUACCAUAGCUGUUAAUUAAUCUUGAAUCAAGUCUCAACAAACUCUUUCCAUCUGCGCAAUUAUUCUUCAUCUCAAUAUUUCUCUUGGCAACAAUAAUGACAGUUAUGUUGUAAAAUGUACAGUUAUUAAUUUUCGCUGUAUUCCCGUGGAGUGACAUUUGCCCUGGCAUCUGGAACUCGAACAUUGAGUUCAGAAGUUCGAUCGAUUCAAAACUCCCAACGUUAAAAUUACCGGUGACAUUGCGUAUCACGGAGUCAAUGAUCUUCAGUGACUUGGCAUUGACCCAGAAAUUGAUUCCCGAUGUUGCAUCCAUUGUGACAUUUCGGAAGAUUAAAUUUGUUAUGUUGAUGCCUUGGAAAGUCUCAUCAAAAUUUUCAAUUCUUGUGUUUUCGAUUUUAAAUGUCUCGAUGCUCAUUAUACUCGUAAACAUGUGAUGUCCAAUCAACGGUAUACGUCCGACAUUUUUUAUCUCGAACACGCCCAUGUACUUAGACACAAGCAUAGGAUGGAAUAACAAUGUCCCGGUGAUAUUUUCCACUGUGAUGUCACGAAUGUACUGUGCAUGCUCGAGACUGUCGAACUCUAGAUUCGCUGAAACGCACGACGAGAUUGUCAGGUGAGUCAAAUGUUCGUAAUUGAAGGUCUCAGGCAGGGUCAGUUCCUGAAAGGUUUUCAUUGAAAAUUAUUUUGCCUAGGGAAUAACUAGCCACCUAGGAUAACUUUACCGCGUGAUUACAAUGUUUCAUUACUAAGAAUAAUCAAGCUCCAGUUCUACUUUCGCGGCACGAAAAAUCUAUGAGGUUCAAAAUUUAUUGAUUUAACUCCACGACUUGCGUAUCCUCAAGAACAGAAUAAACUCGCGAAAUUAUACGAGAUGAAUAAUUUCUUUCUCUACUCACUUCAUUUCCAACACAUUUGCACUCAACAACAACGCCAUUCUGAUGCCAGCAAGAUUCACUGAUACUUUUCCCGGAUAUAAAAUGCAAAUUUAUUAGCACAAUUAUCCACAGACAAUGCGUACUGUAUUCCACAUUAUUGACACGUGACGACAUAAUAAUAGUUUAACUUUCUCCCAAAAAUAAAUGUCAAUAUCAAGGUUUCAAUUAUCUUGCGCACUGCUCUUCCACAAUUUCAAUCAAAUAAAGAAUAUUUUCCUGUUGAAAAACCCAACUGAGUCACAAUUUGCGUUGCGUCCACGACCGUCUCUCGGUCAGGAAUAAAGAAUCACAUUUUUUCCACACACAUCUAUCAAAUAAACCGAAUUAUGAUUGACGUAUCUUUGUCGCCGCCCUUUAUAGUGAGUGACGGGUAUGGUGGUACUUUUAUUUGAUCGUAUUAAAACCAACGAAUGCAAAGGAUUAAAAAUGGUAUCUGAUUGGAUUGAAGCGCUGGUGAUUGUAGUCACCAGCUCAGGGUGCAGAUUGAUGGAAUAGGGAACUGUACCACACCGGAAAGCUCCUCCAAGACCGGAACUCUAUGGCUGACCACAGCCCGUUCUUCUGUUUCAUUUUGUUUUUAUACUCACGAUAAAAUUUAUCUCGGUUGUACAUUUUACUUUCAGCGGAAUUUGCGUCAUAAAUACAAAAGUCCUCAGAGGGAUACAAAAUGUAACAAUGAUAUUAAUUUUUUAAGUGUAUAUAUUUUUUAAUGGAUCUACAAUUUACAAAAGUUAUAAUGGUUAACGUUUAUGAUUAAUAGUAUACAUAUAAAUGCCUUACAGAACAUUUGUACCGUCACCCACAAGUGCAGAAUCAUUGUCGAAAUAUUAAUACCCCUUAAUUUAUUUACACAUUCAAAAUU